GGCUCGCCCGCAACAAUAAUCCAACCACAAAUAAUACUCAAUGGAACUUGACUCUUCAACUGUAGUUCCAUUUAAAAUUCGGAUUCUUCCAAUUGAAAUGGAACAAUCGGAUUGUUCAAGGGUUUCGCGGUCAAUUCCGGCCUUGUCUCGAAUAGCCGCGGGAGCAACAGCUUCCAAAACUGGACUGACUACUACUUUGCUUCUAUCUAUGAAAAGUGUCGAAUGGAACAAAGCUUUAGCCUACAUCUUCUUGAAACAAGAGACAUUUCCAAUUUGAUCUAGAAGCAUAAUGAUUUGCACCAGAGUUUUGAACAUAUCUAGAUCGGUUGGCAUAAGACUGAAUCAAAAUGCGGUUGCCAGGAGAGCAUUCACAGCUUCGACCUCUCUAAGAGCCAAUACGCUGAUGGAAACAAGUGGAUUUUCAGACACACAACUGGAGGUUCGGGAAGCCAUUGCCAAAAUUUGCUCAAAAUAUCCUGAUGAAUAUUGGGCGAAACGUGAUGAAACCGGGGAAUAUCCUCAUGAUUUACACCGAGAUCUAGCAAAUGGUGGAUGGAUCGGCAUUGCCCUUCCAGAAGAACUUGGAGGGUCAGGUCUUGGAAUCUCAGAAGCCACAAUGCUUUUGCAGACCGUAUCUGAGAGCGGUGGAGGUAUGGCUGCUGCACAAAGUAUACAUGCAAAUGUCUAUGCUACCCAACCUGUGGCAAAAUUUGCGACGGCCUCGCAACGUCAAAGAAUGUUACCCAAGUUGAUCGACGGUACGUGGCGAGCGUGUUUUGGAGUCACCGAACCCAACACCGGUUUGGAUACUCUGAAGCUCAGAACCCGAGCUAGACGUGAAGGCGAUACUUACAAAAUAUCGGGUCAGAAGAUAUGGAUUUCCUCGGCACAGGUUGCGACAAAGAUGGUGCUAUUGGCUAGAACUACUCCAUUGGAAGAAGUCAAAAAGCCUUCUGAAGGUCUAUCCCUUUUCUUCAUCGACUUCGAUCCUAAACAGCCCGGUCUCGAACUCAAGAAGAUCAAAAAGAUGGGUGGGCGUGCUAUUGAUGCAAACGAAGUUUUUUUCGACAAUUACAUUGUUAAUAGUGAUUCAUUAAUCGGCAAAGAAGGGCAGGGUUUCAAAAUCGUACUCCAUGGCAUGAACGCUGAACGAUGUCUUUUGGCAGGCGAAGCACUAGGUCUCGGGUAUGCUGCCCUGUACCGAGCUUCCCAGUAUGCAAAAGAAAGAAUCGUUUUCGGUCGACCAAUAGGUAUGAAUCAAGGUAUUCAACAUCCCUUAGCCGACGCAUAUAUGCACCUCGAAGCCGCAAAGCUGGCAACUUAUCAUGCUGCGAGAUUGUAUGAUAGCUCGACGACGGAUGAGACAAUAACCCAGACAGCUGUUGGCGUUGCGUGCAACAGUGCAAAAUAUCUAGCGGCUGAAGCAGCUUUUACUGCCUGCGAAAGGAGCGUGUUAAGUUUGGGUGGCAUGGGCUACGCCCAGGAGUAUCAUGUUGAGAGAUACUUGAGAGAGUGUCUUGUUCCAAGAAUUGCACCAGUUUCGAGGGAGAUGAUCAUGAAUUAUGUUGGAGAGAAGGUUCUUGGCUUGCCUAGAAGUUACUAGAACACAUAGUUAUGUAGUAAUCUAUGAAAUAGUAUGAGUGAUUGUAUGAUAUGAAUGGGUAUUCUGAUAUAAUUGCAAUGAUCAUAUCA